CCGUUGCCUUUCUGUCUUGAUACCGCCGACUUUAUCCUGCUUCCCUGGACGCUGGAGGAUACGACGGUUUGCAGUCCCAGCAGAUGGACAGCUGCCAGAGUGCUUGCCUCCCCACGCCCACGCCCUCGCCCGAAGACCCGCGCCCAGUCCAGAGCAUGGACGCUUUCUCCGCAUCCCAUUGAUGCAAGGCAUGUGCCGGCAUGGCAUGAGACGAAACGAGCGAGGUACAGGAAUAGCAGACAGACUUCCCAUCGAGGUCCGCGGCGAGCGGUGUACUGGAUGACGGUCGAUGGUCAAGCCAAUUUGAUUAUAAUGAUAUUGUUUGGUCAGGGUCUGUAUGCUGACGCCCUCGCAGGUCACCGGGUCAUGAAUCGAUGAAUGGGUGCAUGGCAUCAACAAGAUUUCCGUCGUGUUGAGGUGGAGCAGGUCACUACGUAGUCCAGGGCAUAGGUGUUAUUUGUAGGUAUAUAUAAUGGUAUGUAGAUAUAUAUAUAUAUAUCCAUGUAUCCCUGAGGAAUACAACAUGGACUGCAUGCACCACGGAACCAGCCAACUACCAGUCAUGGCAACGUACAGUAAACACUUAGCUAUAAAGCUACCAGGCCGAUGCGGUGCGAUGAUCAAGAUGAAGCGGUUGCUGCGGAUCUCUCUUGGAGGACAUGGUACCGUGCCCUUGGCUAGCCGGCCGGCGGCCUCCUCCCCUCAACAAACACAGGUCGAAUCCAUGCGUGCACGUCCGCCUGGGAUUCUGUUGGCGGCGGUCCACGCGCUUACAUUCCGUCCCGCCUCCGGCCGCCGCCCUGCCAAUGCCAGUAGUCUACGCUGGUAGCAUCGAGUUAGUCCCAUGAAUUGUUGUAUGGAUGCUUUCCGGGGAGAGGGGGGGGGGACGUGGUGGAGGGAAUAAAGCAAUGCACCCCCAUUCUUUCUUUUAGCUGUCGCCUUUCCCCACGUCUACAUUCCCUCCUUAGCUCGUGCGCCCACCCGCUCUGCAACUACGACACCUGCCAAACCGCUCGUGUGCAGCCAGACUGACAUCGCUCGUCACAUCAGUCCAUCCAUCUCAUCAUCGCCGCCGCCCGUGCCAGCACCUGGUGGCGGAACAAGCCGGCCGCAUCUCAUCUCAUACAUCACGCACUCCUGCAUACCGAGGGUCAUCCUCCUCCUACUACCUGCCCAUCCGCGCCCGCCUGUCUGCCUAGGAGCCAACCAACCCUGAACUGGAGGGAGGGAGCACGACCGCAGUUCGUUCGUUCGCCUCCGAUCCAGCCAUCCUCCCACCCAUCCAUCCCAAGCAACAACACCCUCGCAAAACAAAGUCGUCUCGUGACCGCCUGCCUGUCCAGUGUCUGUCUGUCUGUCUGUCUGUCUGUUUGUCUGCCUGUCUGCCUCUGCUCAUCAUUCCCUUCUUGUCCUGCCUUUACCCCCCCCCCAAUAUCUUGUGCUCCCACCUCGCCUUCACUGGGAAGGAGCAUGCACCCUCACCCCCGAUAGCCUGGUCCAUCCACCCUCAUCUACCAUCUAUUGCCGACCACCACCAGCACCCCCAGCCACAGCAACAUCCCAAACACCUCCACGCUUCCAGACCAGACGAGACGCGCCCGCUCUCGCUGCUGUCUUGCUUGACCUGCUGCUGCUGCUGCUCCUCUACGCUCCCGCCCGGCCAUGGCGGCUCUUCUCUCCAUGCAUGCAGGACACUCGUCCAUCCCACCUGAUUUCCCCCACAAAAUGGACACGAGCAGCGGCGCUGUGGAACCCGCCCCCGCUUCCCCAGACCAAGACGACCGAGGACGCCGACGCGACAGAGACGAGAUGGAUGGAGACAAUGGCGACGACAACGACGCUGGCGAGCUCACUGGCUCCUCACGCAAGCGCCGGCGCAGCCGCAAAGGUCUGGACCGCAAGUUCUUGUGCCCUCACGAAGGCUGCGGCAAGAGCUAUUCCAGAGCCGAGCAUCUGUACCGUCACCAACUGAACCACAACCCAAAACAAAUCUACCACUGCGACUUCCCGGACUGCCACCGCUCCUUCGUCCGACAAGACUUGUGUGCGCGACACAAGGAGAGGCAUACCGCGCGAGGCUCCCAGCUACUGCGCAAAGACACCUUCAUGCAGAAUCUCAACCCCAUUGUGACGGCCGCAAUGGCCAACAAGAGCGGCUCGACUGGCAAAAAUGGCCCCAUGAAGAGCUCCCCGACACAGCAUUCCGAGAGGCCUUAUGGACUGCAAUCACCCUCGUCUGCGGUCUCCAACCUCCCAGCAUCUGCAACACAAAUGUCGCCGCCGCAUCAGUUCUCGCCCGUGUCCAGCAUGGGACGCUCCGAUUCCAUCAACAGAGCUGGCAGCGAUGAGUCCUAUCGCAGCAACAAUCCAGAUGCUAAGCCUUAUGAUGUGCAGACCCAGAGCCCUGGGACCUUCGUGGCCCCGCCCCGUCCCUCCACGUUUUCCACCUUUGGCAACGGGCGGUCGCAGCUACACAACUCCCCUCACAUGGGCAAUGGCAACUUCCAAAGACCAGAACUGCGCGCCCAAACCUCCAACAUUUCAUCGUACGGAUCCAGCUCACCUUACAAUUCGGCCGUCACCCCGUCGCAGUCGUACCCAACAUCGGCAUCAACUUCGUACCAGGGCAAUUCUAACAAAUAUCCCCAGCAGGCAGGCGCGCCCGCGUCAAAAGACGACGGCCAGUAUUACAAUGGAUCGGCCGGACAGACACCCAUGAACGGUGUGGAAUCAACCGCCCAGCAACAACUCGACACUCGAAUGAACGGCGUAUCAGAAGCCAUCAUGGACCAAACAGCGUCGUAUGCCAUGCCCAUGUUCGGAGGCGAGGGGUAUAGCCGAUCACCAUUCGCAAUGGCCGACGAUUUCGCCGCCUGGCUGUUUAACGAUUCCCAAUUCGGCCCCGGUGCAUCUCCGAUGGCUUAUCAGGCUGGCUCCGCCGCCAUGACUCAAGCGGGCGCCUCGGCCCAGAUAGGGCUCCAAGCAGCGUACUUCAAUUAUGACCCAACGGUCUCAGGCUCAGUUCACUUCAAUCCCGCGCCUCCAUCGCAUCCUAUGGCUGUGACUAGUAUCCUGGACACAUCACUGCCAGAGUCGGCCUUGUCCGAAGAAAAGCGCAAGGACCUACUCUACUUGAUCUCUGACCGCUUCAAUGAGACGGACCAUGCCCCGGUCAAGAAGCAGAAAGAGGAUUUGCUCGAGGGCAACAAAGAGGAUGAUCACCACGUUCUGAGUCUGCACAUGAUGCAAAACUACAUUGGCUCAUACUGGAUCCAUUUCCAUCCACAACUUCCCAUCUUGCAUAAGCCGACGUUCAAUGCGACCUCGUGUCCCGAUCUGUUACUGCUCUGCAUCAUGUGUCUUGGUGCAUCGUGCCUGGAGAAGAGUCACGGCCAAGAAGUCACGCAAGCGUGCUCCCAACUUUCCAACUUCCUGGCCUGGCAUCUUCGUUGGGAAAUUUUCAUGGACGCCGAUUUCCGUCCUCCGGCGAAAUUAUGGGUGUUCCAAGCGCUUCUUCUUCUCGAAGUGUUCGAGAAAAUGUACUCCACUCGUCCUCUCCACGAGCGAGCACAUAUCCACCAUGCCACCACCCUCACCCUGAUGAGGCGAGGAAGCUCGCUGAUCGGCCGGUCUGCGAUGGACUCUCCUCCCAGCGUCAAGGACGGCAAGGGUGGCACCCCCAUGAACACGCCAGAUGAGUGGUGGAAUCACUGGAUCACCAAUGAAGCAACGAGGAGGGCAGCUUUUGCAGCAUUCGUCAUGGACAGUAUACACGCCACCAUGUUUGGCCAUAGUGCCGUUAUGGUUGCCCAUGAAAUGCGUCUUCCUCUUCCUUGCGACGAGGCUCUUUGGUCUGCAACAAGCAGCUCCGAGGUCGGCCGGAUUGAGACGAGUCUGCACAACAACGGUAUAAAACACACGACGUUCCUGGAUGGACUGAAGAAGACAUUGAAUGGUCAAACUGUCCGAACAAACUCCUUUGGCAGGACGAUCCUAAUGGCGGGCUUGCUCAGCGUGUCGUGGCACAUGAAUCAGCGUGAUCUGCAAGUCAGUUCACUUGGUGUUUCUCAAGCUCUGGGUGGGCGGGACAAAUGGCGAGGGUCGCUCACGCGAGCAUUCGAUUUCUGGAAGCAGGACUUCGAUACUUCGCUUGCUCGGCCAAACGAUACCAACAUCUCUUCUGCGCACAACUACUCCAACAUCGAAGACGAUGAUAUCGUCUUCGAGUCGCGGACCGUACUCCACCACUUGGCUCACAUGGCCAUGCACGUUGAUAUCGUCGACUGCCAAAUCUACGCUGGUGCCAGCAGACUGCUCGGUCGUUCCAUCACGCCACAGGACUACAAUGGUGCCCAGAAAAGGAUGAAAGACCACUGGGCUCCGACUGCGAGAGCCCGAGAUGCAACCUUUUAUGCUCUCCAUUUCCUGUCCAAGGUUUUGGUUACGGAGAGUUCUCCGGACAGACCUUAUUAUGCUCGCGACGACAUCCUACUAAACAGGCCUUGGGUUCUGUACUUCGCCACGCUCAUCGUAUGGUCCUAUGGAUACGCACUUGAUGGCCCUGUCCAGAGUCCAUAUAUCCUGACUAAAUAUGAAGACAAAGUCACUGACAUGGUUCGCUUCUUGGAACGGGUGGGCGGUGUCCGCGGCCCCGAAGACCUUGCACAUGUGUCCGCCCGCAACGCCUGUCUUGGCCUCCUUCUUCUCAUGCGUGACAUGUUCAAGAAAACGAGGUGGGAGCUACUGCAUGAGGCCAGCAACUUGUUGAACAAGUGCAUCGAGAAGCUUGUCCCUGGUGCAGCGAGCAUGUGA